AUGAUUAAGUGGGUUUCCAAAGGUACGGGCUUGUUCUAUGAAGGAAGACGAAUAUAUUUUCGUUGUUUCCAUAAAGGGAAAGAAAAAAUCGAGAAUGAGGAGAAUUCAAUUAUAAAUUAUAGAAUGAUAUUAGGUUUAAAAAAGAUUGAUAUAAAUAAUUUAUCAUCCUUAUGUCGAGAUUUUCAUAAUAUAUUUCGUAUAAACAAAUAUGAAUUAUUGAAAUAUGCACAUGAUAUCAUACAUUUUGUGAAAUAUUUAAGAACAAGUGAAAUAGUUAUGAUAUUACAUCAUUAUUCUUUUAUAAAUUAUACUAACGUUCAUUUUUAUAAUAAUAUAUGGUUACAAAUAAAAGAUAAAUUACAUGAUAUGGAUUGUAAAGAAUUAGCACUAAUCAUUUAUAGUAUGGGGAAAAUAAAAUAUACAAAUAAGGAUAUGAUAUUUUUUUUUGAAAAGGAGAUACAAAAAUGGUUAUUAAAAUUGAGUGGAAGGGAUUGCUCCUUAAUAUUAAAGGGUUUACAUAAUAUUCCUUGUAAUAAUAUUAAUAAUAAGAUCUAUGAUUUAAUAUAUGAACAUAUAUUAAAUAUUAUAGAUAACUUAAAUAUAUUAGAUAUAUGUAUUAUAUUAAAUACACAUAGUAAAUGUAUUAACAACAAUAAAAACAUUAAUAAUACCAGUAAUAUUAAUACUAUUCAUACUAAUCAUAUUAAUAUUCGAUUAUUUGAAGCACUUUUAAAUAAAUCCCUCACAUUCUAUACACAACUCAACGAACAGUGUAUAGGUUCUCUACUAUGGAGUAUUAGCCAUGCUGAGAUAAAAGCAGAAAAAUAUUUUUCUUUGUUGGCUCGUAGAUUAAGAAUUGUUAUGUACACAAAGUUAAUCGAUGAUGGGAAAAUUGUUAAUGAAGACACAAAAGAGGAUAAUAAAACAAAAGAGGAUAAUAAAAAUAAAGAGGAUAAUAAAAAUAAAGAGGAUAAUAAAACAAAAGAGGAUAAUAAAACAAAAGAGGAUAACAAAACAAAAGAAAAUAAUAAAAAAAAAGAAGAUAAUAAAAAAAAAGAAAAUAAUAAAAAAAAAGAGGAUAAUCUUCACAAUGGUAAUGUACAAACACAUAUAGAUUUAUCACAAUGUUAUAAUAAUAAUAAUAAUAAUAAUAAUAAUAUUCUUGAUAAUAUUUAUACAAAUAAUUUUGAACAUGAUAAUUAUCAGCUUAAUAAAGAUUCAUAUAAUACUCCAUCGGAUAAUCCGAACGAUCAUUGUAAUCCUCUGAAUAAUCAUAAUACUUGUCAUCAUGAAAAUGUUAUUCCCUCUAUUAUUUAUUCAUAUGGAAAACAAAGAGCUUAUAUGAAACAUCAUAUAGAUAUAGAUAAAAAUAUAUACAACCAUAUUAUAAAUAGCUAUCCUGUAUAUGAUAUUAUACAUAACAAGCCAGUUGAAAAAAUAUAUAUGUUUGAUUUUUCUAAAAAAUUCUUAAGAGACCAAAAUAUUUUUAAUAAUGUUGUAAAUAAGGAAAAAAAUAAUAAUAAUAUUACUACUACUACUACUAAUAAUAAUAAUAAUAAUAAUUAUAAUAAUAAUAAUAAUAAUAAUAAUAAUAAUAAUAAUAAUAAUAAUAAUAAUAAUAAUAAUAAAAUUAUAAAAAAACAUAAAAGUUUUAAAAAAAAUAAUAUAUAUUAUCAAGAUAUUAUAUACAUUAUAAAUAAUUUUCUUAUACAUUUUUUAAACAAAAUACAUUAUAAUGAUUUAAAGAAUAUAUUAUUUGGUAUAACAAAAAUUGAAAUGUCAAUUAAUAAAAUAUUAUUAAAUAAUAUAUAUGAAUUAAUUAUCUUAUAUACACAAAAAGGUUUAUAUAAAAAUUAUGAGGUUAUUAAUUUAUUACGCUCUCUAACAUUAAUACCUUAUUUUAAUAAAGAUAUUUGGAUACAUGUCUUAGAGUCUUAUAAAAUUAAUUUCCUUACAAAACAUACAAAUAUAAAAAAUCAUUCUUAUUUAUUUUAUAUAUUCUCCUUUGUUAAAAAUCAUUUACAAAAUUAUCCUUUUCAUCAUCAACUCAUUCAACAUAUAAAUAAAAACGCUAACAUGUUACAAAGAGAUGAUAUUAUAUAUAUAAUUAAGGCUCUUCUCAAUUCUAAUUAUUAUGAUAACGAAUUAGUAAAUAACAUUUUUAAUUUUAUACAAACAAAUUUUAAAUUAUUCAAUAUUAUCGAUAUUGUCUAUAUUCUAAAAUACUGUACUAUCCAUAAUCUAAGGAAUACAAAAAUAUUCUCACUCUUUGCUUUAACCAUAAAGGAACAAAAUAAAAAGUCCAACAGAAAUAUUAUAUCUUUAAUUUUGUCUUUUUAUUUGGAGAUGGACAUAUACCCCAAAAUAAUUGAAGACAUACUUAUGGAAGCCAAACAAAGCAAGAAUAGAAAUUAUUACUUAGAAGAAAUUCAAUGCGAUCAAUAA